ACUAUUGUUUAAAACACUUCAACUCUGGAAUCACUGUCAGGAGUGUCCAGCUGUAUGUGGAGCACCAGCUGUAUACUGUCAGCGCUGGUGUCACGUGACUGUCAGUGGGCCUGACCUGCUGACUAAAAUUAACCAGCAGCUGAUCUGAGAUUUCAGCUGGAGAGGAACGGCAUUAAGGACAGAGGAGCCACAAGGUGACGACAAUACUGCAACUCGAAACGGCCAUGAACUACAGGGACACGGUACUACUACUACUACUACUAGUACUAGCCCUGUGGCUGAAUCGGUAAGAGCGCUCCCCAAGUGCCGUAUGUGUGGCUGCUCCCUGCUACCAUUAAUGAGGGUAUGGGUCAAUUGCAGAGAAACGGUUUCCCCAGAGGGAUCAAUAAAGUAUGUAUCUUAUCGCUUAACUUACUACUACUAUUACUGUCCCUACUAAUUCCACAUUUGGGAAAUGAAUCUCUGCAUUUUUACCCAUCCCCUGGGGUGAGCAGUGGGCAGUGUGGGGCCUGGGGAGCUAGUCUAAAGUGUCUUGUUUAGGGCACACACCUGGUGCCAGAAACGGCGCUUGAACCAGGGACCUUCUACCUCCCAUUGCUCUACCUACUGAGCUACCAGGUACUACCAAGUACAGAAGUAGUUGUGGACAGCCACUACAGCUUAGCCUGUGGGAUGUUCCUGUUUCAACAGGAAGUAGUGAUGACGGUGGCUGCGUGCGGCUCAGUCCGCUCCAUUAAAGCUCUGUGGGAGACGAGGAUCAAGAGGAGGGAAGAGGAACAGAGCAGGAGGAGCCUCAGGGGCGGGGCGAUGGUCAGGCUGAGUCUCGGGGUCUGGGAGGACAGAGCUGCUCUGGCUCGACUUAAAGACAAGCUACAGAUGGAGGACGGAUGCCUGAUCCUUCGAAUUGAACAUGAGGAGUGGAAGUCUUUACCAAGUUGUCUGAUCCAGCUGAGAGAGGUUCAGGAGUGGCAGAUCCACCGAGCUGGACUGCAGAAAAUCCCUCCGUUCAUUUCCAGUUUCCAAAGUCUUCUGGUUCUAGAUUUGUCUCGCAAUGGGAUCAGUGAGAUCCCCAAACAGAUUGGGAAGCUGACCCGGCUCAGAGAGCUAAUGCUGAACUACAACAGAAUCCAGUUUGUGCCUGUGGAGCUUAGUUAUUGUGAAAGUCUGGAAAAACUGGAGCUGGCCAUGAACCGGGUCCUGAGCUGCCUUCCAGACCAGUUCAGGAACCUGAACAGGCUCCAGCACUUGGAUCUGUCCAUGAACGACUUCACCUGCCUGCCGGACUCCGUGGUCGGACUCCCAGCACUCGAGUGGCUCGAUAUGGGAGGAAACCGACUGCAGCACUUACCUGAAGACAUACACAGGUUGGUAUUAUUGAGUGAGCCCUGCACUCAUCCCCAAUUAGCCAGCCAACAGCACCGAUGUGUCCUCAGAAUGGGGAAGCUGCAUACAUUCUGGCUGCAGAGGAACGAGCUCCAGAAGCUGCCAGAGAACAUCAGCAGGAUGUCUGGUCUGGACACUCUGGUCCUCAGCAGCAACAGAUUGAAAGACAUCCCCCCUCUGAUGGAGGACAUGUCCCAGCUCAGAUUUGUGAAUUUUCGGGACAACCCUCUGACUCUGGACGUGACGCUGCCGUCCAGGAAGAUGGAGGCUAACAUGGACGAAGAAGAUCAGGAAGACGACAGAGAGAUGUACGGCAGAGAGUUCAUGAAAUUGUACAUCCGCGAAGCCAGGACGAGAGCAUACACUGUGCUCGACAUGCACCGCACCAGCCGUUAGUAGCAGCCAAGCCCAUUACGCCUUCCCCAGAUUGACCAAUUCUACAUUAACACUUUAAUCCCGAUGACUUUUAAAAUGAUUUUUUAACACAGUUUGGACCUGGGCAUGAAAUGCUUUUGCAAAGUCAGUGAUGACCACUGAGCAAGUUCAGUUGGGUGUAGUAGUGAUGGAAAGUUCAGCUCUUUUCACAGAUUAGCCGCUUUUGGCUUGGCUGUCUUGAAAGAACCGGCCCUUGUGGUUCCCAAGCGGCUCUCCUCGGCGGGAGACGGCUCUUCUCUUUCGCAACAAAGCAUUGGCUCUUAGAGCCAGCUGAUUUUUGAACAACACAUCAGAUAAAUCUAGACAGUCACUCCCUAACUGUGUGACUGUGUGAAAUCAUUCAUUCACACAUGCAGAAAAUAAUCCAUUAGAUUCAGUCCAAAGGCAAAACUGGGCUCUUCUGUGCUGCCACUCGUUCCUGCAGCAUGAUGACUCACACACAGACCAGGGAGCAGGGAGCAAGUUGGUGUAACGUGUAGGACAAUUUGAACGCAGCUGACAGGAGCUUAUUUGUUUGUGUAACUCGCUGAUCAUGCUUCCCUUUGAAGGCUUUGACGGUUUCCUGUCCAGGUCAAAGAGAACAGGAAGCAACAUUAACCACAGCACCAAUAACAACAGCAAUAAAAAUUAUCAUCAUUAUCAUCACCACCACCACAAUAAUAAUAAUAAUAAUAAUAAGAAGAAGAAGAAUCCAUUUCUCUGCAAUGUGUUCUGCUGGUCAUGGUGUGCUGCUUUGUUGUUCUCUGUUGAAAGCAUGUUUCUGGAUGUUUCAGAACCAAACGAAGAAUCUUCAGACUGAAACAGACAAUUCGUCAUCGUUAGCUACUCUUCUAUGGUGCUCAAAAGUCAAAAGCUCCAAAACUCAUCACUGCUUCAUACUGAAAUAAAUCCAGUACCGAGACCUCAGUGAAAGUGGAAUCACCACCUUUGAUUAUGAUUCUCCUGUUCCCAGAUUCUAACGUGUGAAGCUGUUAGAGAAGCUGUACUGUGCUGAAAUACACUGUUCCUAAUAAAGUGGUCAUAGUGUAAGCACCAAAGUAAACACAAAGCGGCUCAUUCAGUUCGUAUUGUAAUAACACAAACUAAUAAAAUGCUUA